AUGCCUGUUUCUAUAAAGGAGUUUCUUCAAAAUACCUAUGAUAAUACGAAAAUAAAAAACGUCACCUUCGAUAUAGAUACUCCCGAUACACUGGAAAGCCAAGAGAAAGUGGGAUGCGCCUCGGUGCCAGGCCAAGAUCCUUUAGGGCCUUCUCAUCCAUUUCGUUAUGGAGAUUUACUAGUAGUGAUGAACCCUAUGACAGGGUUGCAGAUUGGCGUGUAUGCGGGAACAAAUCCUAAGAAUUAUGCUAACUUGAUAACGACCAUCAAUGAAGGAGGUGUUUUGGGUCUAAAUCGUACACCAAGAGUUUUGCUUCGAUUUCCUGAUUUCAUUCCUCAAUUUAAUGAUUACAGUUACAACAAAAGACUUAAGGGCCAGGUGGUUAUUCCUCCUGCUUUAUUGGAAAUCAUUACCAAGAGCCUAAAAAAUCUUAGUAAAGAGGUACAAAAAGCCGGAUUUUUGAAUUAUGAAAAAUUCAACGAGAUUUAUCCCACGCUUCAAGCCCGUAAGCCUAUGCCUUUUCAGACUACUUUUCCUGAGCUUUUGAAGAUAGUAUACGGCGAUCAAUUCACCACAAUUGCUGAGAAGAUCGCACUUUUGACUUACCUUACCCCACGCAAUGAGCGUUUCGUAGUUGUGGACCACUUGUUUUCGGAAAUUCAGACUGUUUUCAUGAACCCGUUAUACAAGAAUUCAAAUUAUUCUAAUUUUUUGACUACCAGAGUGCCCCAUCCUCUUCUUUCUGAAAUAUAUAAAGAAAUAGGUCUUUAUGAGUGUAAGGAAGACUUGGCAGUUAAUAAUUUUCAUGAGUUCUUGUGUGAUAUUGGCGUUUGGUCUCCAUGGACGAUAUCCAGGUUGUUAUUACCAGAAGUACGCAUUGCUUUUCCUCAGUUACAUCCUACAAAUCGAAAACAAUACGAACAGGAUCUUCAUUCUUUCUCUGAUCCUAGUCGUUCCGUUUCAAGAGAUGUUCUCGAAGAAGUGAGAACAGACUUUACACACCUGGAUGCCUUUGCAUUCGAUAGUUCAUCAACAGUUGAAGUUGAUGAUGCAAUUUCCAUUGAGAAAAAAAAUGACGGGACUUGGAUGCACAUCCAUAUAGCAAAUCCUUCCAGCAUGAUUGAUCUCAAUAGCCCUCUUAUGGCUUUUGCUGAGAAAAACUUUCAGACCGUAUAUUUAACGCAUAUUGAAAAGAAAUUUAUGUUACCAUUGGAAUUGACCAAAUUACUAUGGACGUUGGAUGGAAACGAUAGGCAAAAAGCAUUAACGUUUAGUGCUAAAUUAUCUGAAAAAGGUGCUGUGCUAGACUACAAAGUCCAGCCUAGCUGGAUACGUCGUGCAAAGCGCUAUACUUUCUCUCAAGUCUGUGCUGCCCUAAAAAAGAAAGAGAAUGUAACAAUUUGGUCUUCUUUACAAGUAGGGGAUCUUGUGAAGGAGCCUGCAAUACCUGUUGAUGACCAAAAGAAAGUUUUGGAAAUUUUGGAAGAAAUGAAAAAGUUUACUGGCUUUAGAAAAAGGAAUAAUGCUUUCUUAUCUGACCAACCGUCUUUUUCCGUGGAUUUAUUACCAGAAACAAUUCCAGAAACUUCAAUAAGUGGAGUUAAUCCAGUUUAUUGGAGCUCUUUUCCUUCUAUAUGCUUAAAAGUAAACCAUUCUGGUAUGAACAUCGCAGAAUUAUUGGUUGCGGAGUGUAUGGUUUUAGCUGGCCAUGUUAGCGCGAAAUUCUUUGACGACUAUCGUAUUCCAGGUAUAUUCCGCGGUCAAAAUGUACCCUCUUCAUUCGAUAGCUCAUUUACUGAAAACUUUGAUUCUUUACUCCGCGCGCGAGACGAAUUCGGUAUGGUUCCUUUGAAGCAAGUGUAUCCUAUCUCUUCGUAUUUGACUUCUUCUUACAUGGCGACCAGAAAGUCUCCACAUUUUUCUCUGGGUAUCAAGUCUGGUUACAUGCAGUCUACGUCUCCUCUUCGUCGAUUUACAGAUUUGAUAAACCAUUAUCAAAUGCAAUGCGUACUCUUGGGGGACAAAUCAAAGUUGAUUUCUAGAGAGCAAAUAGAAUCAAAGCUGCCUCUUUAUAGUUUCAGGGGAAAAGUUAUGAAAUACACGAGUCGAUAUACUGAUCGCUUCUGGGCUUUGGAAUAUCUGGCACGACUUCCAAAAAAUAAGCUACCCAUUUGCCAUGGCAUAGUGAACAUUGACAGACAUUCAAGUGUAAUACUAGAAGAAUUUGGGCUUAAGGCACAACUCAAUGCCUUAACUGGGUUAGAAAAAUACCAUUUAACUAGACAAGCAUUCCGCAUUGAUUACGUUCAGCCAUUUCAAAAUCAGCUUUUUGUUUCAAUCGUUGAAAAUUAA